AUGUCUGCUGACGAGCCCUCCUCAGACGCGGCACCAUUUCUUUCCGAUGACAGCGAGGUGGAGGCAGAAGAGGAGGCUCAGCGGGCGGGUGCCCCUGAGGAAGUGGAGCCGAGCAGUGGCGUGGCCCCUGUGCGUGCCUUGUUGACAGUCUUUAUCUUGUGUUUCGUCAACCUGCUCAACUACAUGGAUAGGUUCACCGUCGCAGGAGUUCUUCCCGACAUCGAGAGUUAUUUCGGAAUCGAUGACAGCAAAUCGGGUCUCCUCCAGACGGUUUUCAUUUGCAGCUACAUGUUCCUGGCGCCGCUCUUCGGUUACCUUGGCGAUCGCUACAACAGGAAGUUGAUCAUGAGCGGCGGUAUCGCUUUCUGGUCCCUCGUCACGCUUGCCAGCUCGUACACGCCCAAGCAGCACUUCUGGGCGUUGCUGCUGACACGUGGGCUGGUGGGCGUGGGCGAGGCCAGCUACUCCACUAUCGCGCCCACUAUCAUUGCCGACCUCUAUGUCAAGGAGCGUCGCACCAACAUGCUCUCCAUCUUCUAUUUUGCCAUCCCCGUGGGCAGUGGGCUGGGUUACAUUGUCGGCUCGCAAGUUAGCAACGUGGCCAAGGACUGGCACUGGGCUCUCAGGGUGACGCCAGCCUUAGGACUGUUGGCUGUUCUGCUUCUGGUCUUGGUGGUGCAAGAGCCCAAACGUGGCGCCGUGGAAGCCCGGCCUGAACAUCACCUUCACAAAGGCAGCUGGGUCAAUGACCUGCGAGCGCUCGCCAGGAACCGGAGCUUCGUCCUGUCCACUCUGGGCUUCACGGCCGUGGCCUUCGUCACGGGCUCGCUGGCUCUGUGGGCGCCCACUUUCCUAUUAAGGGCGGCCGUGUUUGCGGGCGAACGCGCCCCCUGCAUGGAGGCUCACUGCUCAUCUUCAGAAAGCCUGAUUUUCGGCGCCAUCACAUGUGUGACUGGUGUGCUGGGAGUCGCAGGCGGCGUCCAGGCUAGUCGUCAACUCCGGAGCAGAACGCCACGUGCCGACCCACUGGUGUGCGCCGCCGGCCUGCUGCUCUCGGCGCCCUUCCUGUAUCUCGCCAUAGUUUUGGCGCAAGCCAGCACCGUUGCUACAUAUGUUUUUAUUUUCCUGGGCGAGAUGUUUCUGUCCAUGAACUGGGCCAUCGUCGCCGACAUCCUGUUGUACGUGGUGGUUCCCACGCGGCGCUCCACGGCCGAAGCGCUGCAGAUCGUGGUUUCGCAUCUGCUAGGAGAUGCCGGAAGUCCUUAUCUCAUCGGGGUGGUGUCUGACUCCGUGAGGGGAGGGAGAGACUCGUUCUUGUGGCGUUUUCGCUCACUUCAGCUUUCGCUGCUGCUCUGCGCCUUCGUGUCCGUCGGGGGCGGAGCUUUCUUCCUGGCCACAGCCCUCUUCAUCGAAAACGACCGACUUCACGCCGAGAACUUCUCACCGGCGGAUGACCAGCCUAUCCCGGUACCCAAGAGCGGGCGUUCCACCCGUGUUCCCGUGUCCAGCGUUCUGAUUUGA